AUGCCGGCCGACCGCCUUCUCAACCAGCUGCUUGCGCUGUACCAGACCGUCCACGACGACCCCCAAACAGAUCGCAUCUUCGGCACCACCCUGUCCCUCCUCACCGAGCUGUCGAAUCCCCUCAACCUGUCGCUUCUGACCUCUCAGUUCCUCCAUGCACCCGCGAUAUGGCACCAACGGCACGCCCCCGACCCGCUGCGAUCCACCUGCCUGCGCGUCCUGGGCGUCUACAACACCGCCGCGAUCCACGUCCGCCGCAACGAGCUCGAGAAUGACGACCGCAGGCGUGCUGGGAUCCCCCUGACAGGCGGCGGUCUGACAAGCGAGGCGUGGGCCAGGGCCGUUGUCAAGGGGGCCGAUGACAAGUCCAGCCGCUGGCAGCACCUGCUGGUGCUGGCGGGCAUCCUGAUGGGCUUCGAGGGCAACGAGAGGCACGGCCUGUCCGGGGGCAUGAUAGCCACGCUGGAGCAAGCCGUCGCCACGGCUGCGAACCUCUCGCUGCGAGCGCUGUCAAGAGAACCCCCGCUGGCUGCCGCGGCCGUGGUCCUCGCGCUGAAUUACGCCUUCCCUCUCAUGUCGGAAAGCGCGAGGGCAUCGGUAGAUUGCGGCGCGCUGCUUCCUGUGGCGAUACAGGCCUUUGUUGGGGAUUCUGGGUACCACGGCGGCGCCUUCCUGGAGCCCAUCGAGGCUGACGUCGCCCAGGUGGGCCAGAAGCUGGACUGGCCCGAGGCGUCCAUGUCCUUCGCAGCCGUCCGUCAGCUCUCCUCCAGGCCAUUGGUCGAGUCCGCUGGGCCGCUCUCGAAACUGAUCGCCUUCGCUGCCGAGCAUGCGAGAGAUCACCGCUUGGUUAUGCGCGCCCAAGACGAGCUCGUCGGAUUCACGGCAGGACUACUCGGCCAAUGGCGGAAACUCGGCCUGUCUGGCAUCGACCUGGCAGACGAGAGUGCAUGUCUCACGGGGGACAGCUUGCGAGUCACCUGGCCGGCCCUCUGGCGCCUACUUACCUCUGUCCUGUUCGGGGUCGUUGCCAUAUUACGGGCUGUGACAGCCAGAAGCCUGCUCGACCCUCAUUUGAGAAACGAUGCGACUGCUCCUCUCGUCGCCGCCAAGACCCUACAUAUAUACAGGAACCUGUAUUUCAUCUCGUCGAGAGGAAACGACAGCUUCCAGGUCUAUGCAUUUUCUUACAACACCUGCAUCGAUAUUCUGGCGAGAUAUCGUGAGUCGGCCACAGCAUUCUUGAGGGACACACUGCCGCCGAAUUCCGGCACGAUACCGACGCAUGCAUUGCAUCAGGUGCUGGACCUGUUCUACCUGAACACGGCAGAGCACCUGCCGCUGAACCUGACAUCAGAAACAUGCGAGGCGCUCAUCAUCCAGCCUGCAAGCAUAUACCUAUCACAUUCAAUGCCACUGUCCAGGAGGAUGGUCGAGCUCUUCGAAGCAGCGCACUCCGCAACCCUCUCUGUCCUGUCGUGUCCCCAGAAUGGCCCCAUAGCUGUCAGCGUGGCUCCCUUCUACGCAGAGACGCUCCUGAUGGCGUUCCCUUCCCACAUCUCCCCGCGGCAAUUCAGGCUCGCCUUCAGGACUCUUAUGCAGAUACUGUCUCCUCCGUUUCCAGUGUCUGCCACUAAUCCAGAACUUGCCGAGACGCUGUUGGAAAUGAUCCGCUUCAGAGUACCGACGGCCGGCCAGAGCUAUCUUCCGCCCAGCCCCGACCAAGGGCAGACGGCCCAGGAGCCGGCAUCGGAACAAAGCGCCUUGGUUCUGACCUUGAUUGAUGCCCUCCCCUUCCUACACCUGCCAAUCGUGGAGGACUGGCUGACGAUCGUCGGCACGACUCUGCACGAGAUUCCUGACGUCGCAAUGAGGGAGUCCACAAAGCAGAGGCUCUGGGAGAUACUGGGAUCUGGCGAGAUGGAUGUCGAGAGGGCAGCAGUCGGCGUCGCCUGGUGGGGCACAAAGGGAGGUCGAGAAUUGGUCCUCUUCGGUCCGAAUCAGCUGAGGGGACAGGAGCCUUUCUUGAUGAGCGGUGCCAUUGUUGACGAAAAGGGGGCUAGCAGGCUAUAA